AUGCAGUCGAUUGGAUCAACAAACCGCAUUCAGCCAAUGACAACGAGCACAUCUGCUUCUAUUGAGUCUCAAAUAGAUUUACAACGAAUACGGCACGUUUUUGUGGUUUGGUAUGAUAUCACGCUUAGUGAUAACGAUGAAAAUUAUCGUAAUAUGUUAACGCAAUUGCAAAAUAUUGUAGCAAACAUCAAAAUCUUUGUCGAUCAGAAGAAAUGCAUCACGUUUAUCGAGUCUGUCAAAAACAACAAGAUCUGUCUGAUGACAACAGAUCAUCUGGCACAACGGGUGGCACCUCUUAUACAUAAACUUUCUCAAGUAGAAUGCAUAUUAACCUAUUCCAAUUAUAAAAUAUACUCACAAGAUUGGUUUAAAAGUCUCCCGAAAGUCCGAGGUAUCUUUAGAACGACGCCAAGUUUAUACAAACCUCUGAGAAAAGUUGUUCACCAAUGCGAAAUUAAUGCAACACCGAUAAGCUUCAUAUCGAAUAGCAUACAAUUAAAUGAAUUAGAUCGAUCUUUCAUGUAUAUUUAUCUUCUGAAAAGUACUUUCUUACAAAUCGAUUUCAAAGCAACGCACAUAAAAGCAUUCGUCGAUUAUUGUUAUGAUGUUUUUGCUGGUAAUGAAAAAGAAUUAAAUAACAUUGGAGAGUUCGAGCGCGAUUAUCAUAAAAAAACGCCCGUAUAUUGGUAUACGCGUAAUAGUUUUCUGUCUCCUAUGCUUACACAAGCUCUGAGAUUGCUGGAUGGAGAUAUUAUCACACGAAUGGCAUUUUUUAUCGUUGAUUUGCAUCGAUAUAUAGAAAACCUACGUAGAGAACAAAUUCCCGACGAUGCUUCUACCGUCAAUUACGUAGUCUGCCGUGGUCAAGGUUUAUCGAAAGCAGAUUUCGAGCAAUUAAAGAAAACCCAAGGAGGAUUGAUUUCAUUUAACAAUUUCAUCUUAACCAAUCGAUGUUAUCAAGUAGGUCUGAAGUUCGCUAAACAAGCCAUACAAAAUCCAGAUCUCAUCGGCAUUUUAUUCGUCAUUAAAGUUGACUCUAUUUAUUCCGUAACGCCAUUCGCCUCUAUUUACAAUUCUGACCAUUGUUCGAACAAAGCUGAUGUGAUCUUUUCGAUACCAGCUAUUUUUCGUAUUCAGAAAAUUACACGUCUGGAUAGAAGUCAGCGACUCUAUCAAGUUGAUUUGUUAUUUGUGAAAGAUAAUGAUAAAACAUUGAGUGUCAUCGAUCGACAAAUUCAAGAAGAGAGCUUGCUCAAUGCAGAAGGAUGGCUCAGACUGUGUUUGAUACUGUCGAGUAUGAAUGAUUUUAAGAAAGCUGAAGAGAUUUAUCAAACUCUACUUGAUCAAACGAACGACGAAAAUGAAGAAGCGAACAUUUAUUAUCAACUUGGUUUAAUCAAAUAUAAAACAAGAAACUAUCCAGAAGCAAUGAAAUUCUACGAAAAGGCACUUACUAUCUAUGAAAGAAAUCUUCCUCACAGCCAACACAACUUGAUUGUAUCCUACAACAAUAUCGGUUUAAUAUAUUACGAUAUUGGUGAUUAUCCAAAUGCAAUGCUCAAUUAUGAAAAAGCUCUGGAAAUUCAACAAACAUCUCCUUCCCAUCAUUCUGAUGCGGCCAUGUCGUUUAGUAACAAAGGCGCUGUGUAUUCCAGUACGAACAAAUACUCGAAAGCAUUCGAAUGUUAUAAAAAAGCUUUUAUCAUUCAACAACAAUCAUUACCGAUCAAUCAUCGUGACCUGAUGAUGUCUUACAACAAUUUUGGUACCGUCUACUCGAGUAUGGGCGAUGAUUCGACUGCGCUUCUCUACUAUGAAAAAGCCCAGGAAAUUCACAAGAAGCUAUUACCGUUAGAUCAUCGUAGUUGUACCUUAGCUUCAAUCAAUACUGGCAAUGUGCAUAACAGUAAGGGCGAUUUUUCGAAAGCGGUUGAAGCGUAUGAAAAAGCACAUGCUAUAUUGAAAGAAACACUUCCUCCCAAUCAUUGUAGUUUAGCAUCAUCCUAUAACAAUCUUGGUACUGGUUAUUUCAAUAGGGGCGAUUAUUCGAAAGCACGUUCAUCUUAUGAAAAAGCCCUGGAGAUUCAAAAGCAGUCACUUCCCUCCGAUCAUUCCGAUUUAAUCAUGUCUUAUAACAAUCUUGGCGCUGUUCAUCAUAGCUUAGGUAAUUAUUCGGAGGCACUUUCAAAUCUUAACAAAGCACGUGCUAUAAUGGAAAAAACUUUGCCACCCGAUGAUCGUAAUUUGGCAAGUUGUUAUAAUAGUAUUGGUCAAGUGCAAUACAGUAUGAAUGAUCACUCCAGUGCACUUUUGUCUCAUACAGACGCACAUGCUAUCCUAAUUCAAAAGCUCCAUCCAAAACAUUUCCUUCUAGUCGCAUCUUUCAACAAUCUUGGUCUGAUCCAUUUCACACUUAAUGACUAUUCCCAAGCCCUAUCUUGCUAUGAACAAGCGCUGAAAAUACUCCAAGAUUUGCCAACUACCAAUUCUCUGGAUUUGUGUGCGUCCUACAAUAACAUCGCUUUAACAUAUUUCAGCAUGGGUGACUACCAAAAUGCACUUGCCUACUUUGUAAUGAUUACUACACUUGUAAAGAAACUAAAUCCUCCUGAUGAAGUUCGAAUAGCCUCGUCGUACAGAAAUCUUGCUGCAACGUAUCACAAGUUGGGUGAUUAUAUAAAAGCGCAUUCGCAUUACAAAGAGACUCUCUCACUUCAAAAAUACACACUUCGGUUUAAUCAUCCGGAAACGAUCAUGACCUACAACAGCAUUGGCAGUGUAUUUGAAAGUGAAGGAAAGUACCAAAUGGCUGCCAAAUAUUAUAAACUAGCAGUUGAGGCAGCGAUCGAAUCGCUUCCCAGGAACGAUCCAUAUCAAGAAAAAUACAAAGAAGAUCUGAAGCGGGUGACGAAAAAUUUGUAA